AUGCCCUUCUCCGCUCCCUCCUACUUCCUCCUUGCCCCGUCCCACCAGAAACGGAUCCAGACAACAGGCGAUGCGGUGAACAGCUGCUUCUCAGAGAUCAUCCAGGAGAUCAAACAGCUGCAGGGGAAGGUCUUGGAUUUUGUGGAAAAAGAGGUGGCAGCUGCCCUAGGAAAGUUGGGCAGCUCCAUCCAGCAGAGCCACAAUCGGCUCCUGAAGCUGGAGGGGGACAGCAUCUGGCUCCACACCCUGCUCACCAACAGGAACGACCAGCAAUUUCUGCAGGCAAGGCCCCACCAUUUCCGCAGGCUGAUGCACUUCCCAGCUUGCAAGGAACCCCUAAUGGGCAUCAACUUUGAGGAGAAGCAUACCUUCCUCCACUUGCCAGAGAACCUGGCAGAGCUCCAGACCCAGCUGGGGGACGUGGGUGUCAGCUUCAUCAACCAGCUCCUCCAGAAGGGCAUUGAGAUGAACUCCUAUGAAGUACUGCCCCCAGCUAUGGACAGGCACACACUUCUCAAGGGGUACUGCAACCUGAACUUUGACCCCACCACAGCCAGCGAGGAGCUGUUCCUGUUCAAGGAAACGCACUCAGUGCUGAACCUGGGCAUCCUCCUGGAGGAUGUUACGGCCGCGGGCGGCCCCUUCGCGGGCUUCAAGCAGUGGCCGCAGGUGCUGUGCUCGCGCGGCCUGUCCGAGGGCCGCCACUACUGGGAGGUCGAGGUGUCCAACUCGUGGGUGUGCCUGGGCGUCACCUACCGCCGCCGCCCAACGCUCAGCGGCCGCCCGCGCCGCAACAUCGUCCACCUGCUGGGCCGCAACCCCUACUCGUGGUGCCUGGAGUGGGACUCGCUCAAGUUCUCCGUGUGGCACAACAACACACAGACGGUGCUGCACGGCUCCUACCACCGCUCGCUCGGCGUGGCGCUCGGCUGUGGUGCCGGCUGCUCCUUCUACGGCGUGGCGGGCAGCCUGAGCCUCCUCUACCGCUUCCUCGUCUCCUUCCUGGAGCCGCUCUACCCCGCGGUCACGGUCAGCAGCGCCGCCUCCGUCACGCUCAGGCAGCGCCCGGGGCGUAGGCGACGCCAAUAAAGCUGGACUGCAGCUCUGCUCGCGCGGGAGGGUGGCCGUCGCACGGCAUGGCCCAGGGAACCUGCCUCCAACCCGCAGCCCGGGCCUCCCCUGAGGCGCCCGCCCCGGGGCCCCGGGAAUCCCAGGACACAGGCGGAGCCCUCCGUCCCCGCAGCUGCAAGAGAGGGGCUCUGAACCAGG